UGUGUGGUUUAAUUUAGUAACGCGAUGUCAAAAUGACUCUGUAGAUGAGUAUACCUCCGUGCGUCACUCGAGUGAAAUUCCAUCGGUACAAAAUUAGCUUCAAGUACUAAGCGGUCUUGCCCGUCCUCUACAGUGAAAAUAUUUGCACAGCUGAAACAACAGGUCCACUGAGGACGAUUGUCUUCUCAGAAUCUAGAGACGAAUUUUCUUUCUCAACACAAUGAAAUCACACGAAAGUGAUGACUGUGAGAUAGCAGCAUGCGGUCACUAUGGCUGACGCUGACGCUGGCUCUGACGCUGACGUGGACGCGGACGUCAGCUCUGUGUCCCAAGGCCUGCCAAUGCGGCAGCGGUGACGAGCUAGAGUACUCGUGCAAGCUGGCUGGUGGUAAAGUCACCAUCACCGCGACGCUGCGAGAUAACUUCAAUAUUGAUUGCGAGGGCGGCGCUCUCACAUGCUCCGACUUCCCGUCCCUGCCCAUCGCGGGGAACCGCUCCCUAUAUUCCCUCUCUAUCCGGGAGUGCUCAUUACCGGAUCCCCUCUCCUGUAUAGCGCGAAAGUUGGACGCGACCGGAGUGAACCUGCUGCUGCUAAGAAAUGUAUCGACUCCGCUAGAGAAAGUGCAUGUGGAGGGGCUUGGGAUUGAGAAGUUGUACUUGUAUAGUGCGGAAGCCCAAAGCUCAAUACCCUCAGAAGCCAUCUCGUCCCUCCCGUCGCUGCGUUACUUCCGGCUGUGCGGUGGUGACGUCACGCUCACCGGACAGGACUUCCGGCACGCGCCCCCCCUCACCUACCUCGAGCUGGGCACGGACCAGAUCACCACACUGCCAGCGGACGCGUUCCAAGGGCUGGCGCAGUUGAAGACUCUGAAUAUUUGGGGGAAUAAUAUUAGUGAGAUACAUGAGGAUGCGCUCAGAGGUCUGUCGCAGCUGGAGUCUCUGUUCGUGAGCGCGGCGCGCGCGCGCUCGCUGCCGGCGCGGCUGCUGGCGCGCGCGCCCGCGCUGCACGCGCUCGCGCUCGAGCGGAGCCGGCUCGGCGCGCUGCCCGCCGAGCUGCUGCGCGGACUCACGCAGCUGCAGCAGGUGACCAUCUCAAACGACGCUCCCCUGACCCUAGAACCGCUAACAUUCGCGAACCUCCCCAUCACUUCUCUAAAACUGGACCAGGCGUCCCUCUCGGCCCUCCCGCCCUCCCUCCUCGUCAACUGCACCUCUCUAGUGAACCUCACACUCACGCGCAACAAGUUACAACACAUACCGGAUAUGUUCGAAGGAUUAAUAUCUCUGGAAAGGUUGGACCUGAGCUAUAACAGAAUAAGAAAUAUCUCCAGUAAACUGUUUCUGGGGCUGAAGGCGCUGAAGGAGUUGAAGAUGGACGCGAAUUUGAUCGAGGAGUUGCCCGAGGAGUUGUUCUCGGGGCUGCGCCACCUGGAGUCGUUGUCUAUGAACUCGAACCGCCUGCAGUACAUCGCGCCGGGCGCCUUCCGGGGCGCGUCACUGCGCCACGUGUCCCUCGCGCGCAACGAGCUCUCCCUCGCCGCGCCGCGCGCCGGCUACCGCGACCUCGAGCUCUACUCGCCGCUCAACAACCAGCUCAAACUCCGCACGCUGAUACUGAGCGAUAACAAGAUAUCGACGAUGUUCUACGACUGGCGGAACGUGCUGCUCGACCUGGUCGAGCUGGACUUGAAGCGGAACAGCUUCGAGGAGCUCACCCCCGCUGACGUGCAGUUCCUGAGCUCUCAAAUCACAGUAGACCUCCGAUACAACAACAUCUCCACCAUCAUUCUGACCCCAGGGUACCCGCAAGGGUCACACGACCUUGACCCUUCCGAGACCUCAGCCUCGAUACUGCUGGACGGGAAUCCGCUCCACUGCGACUGUAGACUCUACAUGCUAGCGAAAAGACUCCGCGGAGACCGACCGUUCACAGCCGAGCCAUCUCUCAUACUAGAUGAGACUAUAUGUGUCUCGCCGCCGAGUCUUCAAGGACUCGAGUUCAACAAGAUACCGCUAGACGAGUUCGUGUGUGACGUCGAGUGUUCCUGUCAAUGUCAGAUCAGACCUUUCAUAGAUGCCCUGGACUUGAUCUGCAACAACGGCAGUAAUAUUCCAGACCCCAGCGAAUAUGGAGUCUCUCACUCGAUACUGAAAUUGCGUCACUUGCCCAAAAACUUGAGUGCUUUGCCAGAAUAUGUGAGUGUUUUAAAUCUGACUGAUUUAGGACUUGAGAAGGUCCCUGAGGUGCCUAAAACUGUAGAAUUGGUGGAUUUGACCAAUAAUAAACUGCAAGAGUUUCCGAUCGAGUUACUAACAACGAAUAUAUCUUUAAAAUUGUCUGGGAAUAUGUUUGUUUGUGACUGCAGUACUGUGAGGGAAAUAGCUUUGAUGAAUAAACAUCACGAUCAGAUAAUCGACUGGCAAACAUUGAAGUGUAAUGAUGGCUCAUAUCUCUGGCGUUUGGAAGUAGAGAAGCUGUGUUUGGUCCAACGCGCGACCAUUUUGGGCAGCGUGUUGGCCACUGUUGGCCUCGUGUUGGCCAUAUUGGCCGUCAUCAUGCACCGGUACUCCGUAGAGAUCAGGAUAUUCCUCUCAAACCGCGGCCUCUGUUGCUUCGUCGACGAAUACGACGCGACGAAAAAAUACGAUAUAUUCGUCUCUUUCGCGCACGAAGACGAAGCUUUCGUCAUCGACAAGUUGUUGCCGAAAUUGGAAGUGAAUUAUAAAGUGUGCGUCCACCAUCGAGAUUGGCGAGUGGGCGACUUGAUACCGACACAGAUUGCGAGGUCGGUGGAAGAGUCGAGACGCACCCUUAUAGUAUUGUCUCGACACUUCCUCGCGUCCACUUGGGGUAUGCUGGAGUUCCGCGCUGCGCAUGUGCAAGCCGCCAAGGAGAGGAAGGUCAGAGUGGUCGUACUUCUUCUAGAAGACAUUUCUGAUAUAGAAAUAGAAUCGGAAUUAAGGGCUUAUUUGACCACAAACACUUAUAUAAAAUGGGGAGAUCAGUGGUUUUGGGAGAAGUUGCAAUACGCUCUUCCGAGGCGAGCGAAGGCGGAAGACGUGCGAAGUGAGAAGCGAGCGAAGAUAGCGGCGGAUAAUAUGGCGAAAGGCGGGUUGCAGGUCACGUUAACACCUGACGGGAAGUUGGUCAAUACUGCCAUGAAUAAGAUUGUUAUUUGAAUUUUGAAAAUUGUCUGUUUUCUGAUGUGAGGUAAAAUACCCUACAUUUUGGAAAAUUAUCCCACUUUGUGGUAGUCGGGUAAAAAUUUACAAAGAGUACAGCUUUCUUUUUGGAAAUUACGCCUCUAACGUAGGCGGGUAAAAUACCUUAUAUCUGGGGGAAGUAAAAGUUACCCCUCUUUGAUGUAGUUGGGUGAGACGGAGUGAGGGCAUCUGCCCCGCUUUGGAUUCAACAUAAGUACAUUUGCGUGUAAUAAUAUCAACCCAGAUAUACUGUCCCACUGCUGCACGGGCCUUCUCUACUACUGAGAGAGGCCUUAGUCCACCACGCUGUAGUGCGGAUUGGUAGACUUCACACACCUUCGAAAUUUCUAUAGAGAACUUCUCAGAUGUGCAGGUUUUCUCACGAUGUUUUACUUCACCGUUAAAGCACGCGAUAAUUCACAAACACACACAACUUUAGAAAAGUCAGAGGUGUGUGACCUUGGUAUUUGAACCUGCGGACAUUCUUCUCGGCAGUCCGUUCCACACCCAACUAGGCUAUCGCCGCUUAUUACUUGUGCAAUGUGUAAAUUGGUUAGCAUUAUGCCAUCAGUUGCUCAGGUGUGAGUACAUACUUGAGUACAUGAAUCUCAAAUGCAGCUUAAAUAUGCUUUAGUAUAAGUGGAAUUCUAUUCGUUCUUUUACUGUGAAUUUGGUUUUGUUUGACCGUCUCCUGAAUCUGACAACUUUAGUGAAAUUUCCACCGAUAGUACCUUUAUCGUACCCUUAACGUGUAAUAAAUGUGUGCAAGUCGCCAAGGGGGGGCGGGGAGGGGCAGCUGUCCCCCUAGAGAUUUUAAAAAAGUUGCCCAAAGUAAAGCAACCAAAGUUCUAAGUCUUUCACUUGACACAAUGAUGGCCAAUUACGCUCUCCUCCUAUGUUAUUGAUUAAUUGUGUGGUGGGGGGAGGGGGGGGCAGUGGUGGAGGAACACGUGCUCUCGUCUUUAUCUACAAUUCAUACUUUUCUCAUUCUCCAAAUCAACUUGCCCUCGCCCCGGGCUAUCGGCUGACGACGCUCUUGAAUGUGACAAAUUAUCAAAAUAUCUAGAAUUAAAAAGGCCCCUUAACUUUACCAUAGACGGCCAUAUGAAACAUUAAAAAAGAACGAAACAAAUUCCACAUUUGUAAUAGUUUUGAGCCAUUUAUUGUAUAUAAUAUUAGUUUUUGUUUUAUGUAUUUUUAAAGCAUGCAAUGCUGCCUGCCCUUUUAGGGUACAAGUAAUGUUUUAGUUUGUAAGUAAUAUCGUAGUUUCGGUCAAGGAGCCAACGGAAUUUCGGCAGCGUACAAUAUAAACAUUUCAAUAUAUGAAUUAUAGCAAUAUAAAAGGGAAAUAUUUUAAUUCCCUUUACUUGCAAUAACACAAUUUAUAUUUAAACAAUAUAAUAUGACAAUAACAUUUUGUUUAUAAUUUAUAUAAGAUCUUUUGAAAUGAAUAUCAGCUAGAGAUAUAAUUGUAAUAUUUACUUAAGUAAGUUUCUUACGUAAAAUAUUUAUGAAAAAAAAAUACUGACUUAAGCAGCCUUUAAAGCUGGUUACAGUAAAAUUUCGUAACAAAUAUCUUACGUGUAAAACUUACGUAAGAAACUUACGCAAGAAAAACUUACACAAAACUUUACCUUACGGCCAUGUUUCACGAAAAGUAAACUUUGAUUAUUCUAAAACUGGCUGAUAAUAUCAUAGACUGGAAAAUAAGCAAUAUAUACCUGAUAUUAUUUUAUAUUGUAACAACUACCACCUAGGAAAGUAGACGGGUCUAACUUGAUGGAAAAGUCAGCACUCAAUAUAUUCAGGAGAAGGAAAACAAUUAUUAAAAAAAAUUGCUUCGUAACAAAUAUACGAAAUGUUCAAUUUAAUUUACCCAACGAGUUCAUGUUUUUUGUGUAACUUACGAAACAAUGUUCAAUGCAAAUUAAAAAAUAUUUUGCGUAAGUUUUUGCAAUAACUCCUUAUAUAUAAAUGACGAAAUAUUUGAAACUCCUCAGAUAUUUUAAAUGACUUAAUGUUUUCUAUUCUCUUUCUACAUUUAUUUUUUAUUUACCAUCAGUUUUAAGGCUGUCAAUCUUGAACAAUAGAUUCGAAUCUCAGGCCAAGAUAGCGUACCAAUGUUAAAAAAACUGUGAUUAUAGUUCGUGCUCGAUACGGCGCGGCGUUAGGCGUGCCACAUGAGCGAGAAGUUCUUCAGUUGUACAUCUGCCUACCUCUUAGAUAAAAGGCGUGUAUUUUCCUGAGAAAAUGAAAAUAUAAACCGCAAUAAAACAGGACAAAUAGUUUAAUUUUAAUGUCUAACAUUCGCGUAAACAUAAGAAACUAUUUCCUGAAUAUAUUAGUGCAUUGAAUUAUUGAAAUGUUGGAGUUUAUGUGCCUUUUACAACGGAAGUGACGUAAUUUACGCCGCCAUUUUAGACACCAUGACGUAUUACUUCGUAAUAAACACUUAAGCCUCGUUAAGACGGAGCAAUUAUUACUAGCAAUGGCAAUAAAUAAAAUACUUUAUUUAUCACGUAAGCGAACAAAGUUGCACUUAUGAUACGUCAAAACAAAGCAUAACAAUAAUUAUUAUUAUUUCUAAACAACUAUUAAAAUUACUUACAUAACUAUGGACAUUUUAAAUUAGGGAUAAAAUUUAUAAUGAAUACAAGGUACAAACCGAAGUAACCAGCUCGUGCUGGCAAGUAGGGGGAAAAUGGUUAGACUGUCAUUGUUUAAACCAGGCGCAUGCGCAUGUACAGACGAGGCAACUUUUUAUGUCUUAAAAAAUCGCACGUGCGAGUCAACAUAAUUGCUCCAUUUAAAUUAGGCUUUAAUUGUCGAAAAUUUACAGUACGCGGCGUAACUACGUAGCAAGGUAUACGACUGUGGGAUUAAUAUUGUAAUAGUUUAAGAUUAUAUGAGCCUUUGUAUAUUUUACGUCUUCCGUUUAUUUUGCCUAAGGGCUUGUUCACAUUUUUUUCUUUAUAUAAAGUAAGUAAAAAAAAAUACCUUGUCGAAUGUAUAUCGAUGGUUGAAAAGCUGAUUAACAUAAGCGAUAUUUUUUUUUCAAACAUUUUUAGGUUAAAAACAAAAAAAGAGCUAAAUUUAAAUAUGCAUGAAAAAUAGAAAAUAGUGCUGAUUUUAAAUAUGUAUGUAACCUAGUGUCGCAAUAAAAUGUCGCUUUAGUCAGUUAAUGUUGCAUUGUGUUUUUGUUGCGUUAAAACAAUUUGUAAAUGCGUGUGUACGGGCCCUUAUGUCGUUUAAUAUAUUAGACGUAGGUUAAGUGAGACGAUAAUUGUAAUACGACCCAUGGAGAGUCAGACCCGCCGCCACACCUCGUGUAGAAUAAUUUGAGUUAAUAGGGUAUUUGACUCAUUUAUUUAUAACUUUUAUAAAAUAUGUACGUCGUAUAAAAAUAAUUUUAACAAAAAAUUAAACCGUCUUCAAAAACCACUCGAAACCAAAAAAUAAUUUCACAUAACAGGUAUAUAUUGUAUACCAAUUUUGGAGUCAGUGCCUAAUUAAAAUUGCUGGUUAAGCUAGAUAAAUACUUUAACAAAUAAACAUUCACGUCGAAUUGAUAGCCUCCUCCUUUUUUUGAAGUCGGUUAAUAAAUUCUAAAUCAGAAGAAAUCAGCUAAAAGAACGCCAUUGAAUUUAGAUAGCAGGGGUAAGUGUCAAAGAUAAGAAAGGGCCGAAAUACUGGCAUGUGACGUCAUCGGGAAUAAGGAUGCGUACGAAAGAAAGAGAUAGAGAGAUAUCCCCACUCCUGGACAUAGCAAUAUUAGAAACUUGAAUUACUGCCUCAUUUGUUAUCGAAUUUUAAUGCUGUUUUCACAGAAGGAUUUCUAUUUUGUACUUAUUGCUGUUACAUAUAAAAUCAAACAGUCAAAUACCUUAUUGAUAUUAAAAGAUCAUUUCUAAAAACCAAUUGGGGGUUUGAAGAUGGUAUUAUGUAGUGAUUGAAGAACAACGGAUAGCUAUUCAACAUCGACGUAUGAACGGCUUUUUGACUUCAGGAUUUUUUUUUACAGAAAAAAAUGUUGAUUUCAAAUAUGUAUAAAACUGGAAUGUCGCAAAAAUAUGCAUUAUGCAUUUUAGCUGUCAGUAUGUUAUUAAAACUAGACUCCACUUGUAUAAUGGUGCUCCCACACUGUAGUACACAAACAUAUAACAUUCAAAUAAAAUAUUGCAAUAAAAAUAGUUUAUUACAGAAUGUUAUUCUGCCGUGCUAAGCUCAAAAGCGAUCUCAAAAAAAAUCAAAAUCUUGAUUUUUAGUCAUCAGAUAGUUUAAAGAAAUACCCAUCCAAUGAACUUAUCUAAAUAACGGUAUCUUGUUUAGAACUUGUUAAGAAAACCUUAGAAGAGUUUCUCUAUCUCAGUUUUACAUACAAAAAUAUAUACUGCACUUAUGGUGCAGCCAAUUGUUUAUUGUUAUGUAUUAAUAUGUUCAUGCUGCGACAGCCUGUAAUUAAUACAGCACUGCAGCAAUUACUUACGGAAUUGUUAAAAAAAACUAUGUAUGAUGUAUGUUUUGUUGGCUGUUCAAAUAAAUAAAAAUAUAUUCACAAAACUACGAUUAUCUAGAAAUAAUGUUUGCCUGAUACCGCUUUUGCACUUAGCACGGCAGUAUAUCACUCUUCGUGAAGUGCUCUUUAUAAUGUAAGAAGAAUGUGAGCUGUACGCGGCCAGGGCGCGGGUCGUGACGUCACGCUAGUCACCACUGUACCUACGUAAUAUACAAUGUAUGAUA